AUGAACCUGAAGUUUCUAUAUCUUCACAAAAAUCAGUUAAAUGGAUCCAUUCCUGCUUCUCUUGGUAAUUUGACCAACCUGGUCUUCUUUCGUCUUUAUGAUAAUCAACUUUCUGGUUCAAUCCCACCAGAAAUGGGAAAUCUUUCCAAUUUGGUUGAGUUGCACUUUCAGUUAAACCAACUAAUAGGUCCCAUUCCUCCAAGUUUUGGAAACUUAGAAAAGCUAACCGUGUUGAACAUGUUCAAAAAUCAACUUUCUGGUUUUAUCCCUUCAGAGAUAGGGAAUUUGAAGUCUCUCCAUAGUUUAGGCCUCCAUGGAAAUCGUCUAUCCGGUUCGAUCCCUGCAUCAUUAGGUGAUCUUGGAAACCUUACAGCUCUCCUUCUCUCCAACAAUACUCUUUCUGGUCCUAUUCCUGAAGAGAUAGGGAAGUUGAAAUCUCUUGUGUCCCUUGAAGUGAGCAUAAAUCGACUAAAUGGUUCCGUUCCUUCUUCAAUCAUCGGUUUGAGCAACUUACAAGUUAUAUGUCUCCGUGACAACCAUCUUUCUGGUUCCGUACCCGAAGAGAUAGGAAACUUCAUGAUGAAUUUGGCUGUAAUUCAGUUGGACACAAACCGAUUCACGGGUUCCUUGCCACCAAAUGUUUGCAAAGGAGGAUUGCUUCAAAACUUCACCGCGAAUGACAACAAUUUCACGGGUCCAAUACCAAAAAGCUUGAGGAACUGCACAAGCUUAUUCAGAGUCCGGAUUCAAAAAAAUCAACUUACCGGCAAUUUGUCAGAAGAAUUUGGUGUCUAUCCAAACUUGAACUACAUAGAUCUAAGCUAUAACAGUUUCUAUGGAGAAAUAUCAAGUAAAUGGGGACAGUGCAAAAAUCUAACAAUUCUACAAGUAGCAGGAAACAACCUCACUGGCAGCAUACCGCCUGAAAUUGGCAACAUGAGUCAGCUCAAUGUGCUAAGCCUCUCUUCAAAUCAUUUAGUUGGGGUGAUUCCAAAAGAACUUGGAAGUUUGACUUCCUUGGUGAAGUUGAUGUUGGAUGGUAAUCUACUUUCCGGUGGUAUUCCCUAUGAAUUUGGAUCUUUGACUGAUCUAGACUUUCUUGAUCUGUCAUCCAACAGAUUGAACGGCUCAGUUCCCCAAGUUCUUGGAGAUUUAUCGGAACUGAUUUAUUUGAAUCUGAGCAACAACAGAUUCAGUGAUGAAAUUCCUGUCCAGCUGAGAAGUUUGGUUUAUGUGAGGCAGUUAGAUUUGAGUCAUAAUUCACUCACCGGCGAGAUACCUUCAGAGCUAAGCAACAUGAAGAGCCUGGAGAUGAUGAAUAUUUCACUCAAUAACCUUUCUGGAUUCAUUCCCAAAAGUUUCGAGAAAAUGGAAGCUUUGUUGAACAUCGACAUAUCCUACAAUGAGUUGGAGGGUCCGAUUCCCAACAGUAGAGCAUUCCAAAAUGCUUCCAGGGAAGCAUUACAAGGCAACAGAGGAUUGUGUGGUAAUGUUGGAGGACUCAAACCGUGCAACAAAAUCUCGAAAAAGGAUCAAAAUUUAGCCUUUUUGAUCGCUUUCCCUUUUGCAGGAGCACUACUUCUUCUUCUUUCUUUAGUUGGAAUUGCUUUCUUUGCAGGAAAAAAGAAAGAUCAACGUCCAAAAGAACAGAGGGAUAUGCAAGAUGGAAUAUCAAUUCACGUGGACGAAAAUAUUCUUUUCUCAGUAUUGAACUUUGAUGGAAAAUCAAUGUACGAAGAGAUCAUAAAAUCAACCAACAAUUUCGAUGCUGCCUAUUGCAUUGGACAUGGAGGAUAUGGAAGCGUCUAUAAAGCAAAUCUACCAUUUGCCAACGUUGUGGCUGUGAAGAAAUUCCACAGGCUGCAAGAAGAGGAUAGAAGACUUCAAAAGGAGUUCGUGAAUGAAAUAAAGGCACUGACAGAGAUACGACACCGUAACAUUGUGAAGCUUUAUGGGUUUUGUUCCCACGAACGACACUCGUUUUUGGUGUACGAGUAUAUGGAAAGGGGUAGCUUGGGAAAAAUCUUGAGCAAAGAAGAUGAAGCAAAAGAAUUGGAAUGGAAUAAGAGAGUGAAUGUCAUUAAAGGUGUUGCUCAUGCUUUGUCUUACAUGCACAAUGAAUGCUCACCGCCGAUUAUUCACAGGGACAUUUCAAGCAACAAUGUUUUGCUGGAUUCUGAAUUUGAGGCUUGUGUUUCGGAUUUUGGCACUUCUAGAUUUCUAAAUCCGGACUCGUCCAAUUGGACUGCAGUUGCUGGCACAUAUGGAUAUGUUGCACCAGAGUUUGCUUACACAAUGAAGGUGACGGAGAAGUGUGAUGUUUAUAGCUUCGGGGUUUUGGCAUUUGAAGUGAUAAUGGGAAAGCAGCCAGGAGAUUUCAUUUCCUCAUUAUCAUCCUCAUUAGACCUGGAAAACUUACCCAUGGAGGAAGUUUUGGACCAACGCCUCCCACUUCCUGCACAUGAAAUUGAAGAUGAACUGAGAACCGUUGUGAAUCUUGCAAUUACAUGCCUAGCUUCCGAUCCCCAAUCUCGGCCAACAAUGCACUAUAUUUCUCAGGUCUUUAUGGCUAAAUCCGGGCAUUCUUAUUAG